AUGAACAUAGCUCGAUACAGAAAGGCAGUGUACAGUGCACUGUGGGUACAGGCAGCAUUGGUCGUUUGUUAUUUGCCACUUAUCAUAGCGAUAGCUUUCAUACAUCAAAGAGGAAUGCAUUUAUCCUCUUACCUUGCUUGGCAAUUAACAAUUACUUUAGUAUAUUUAAACUCAUCACUGAACCCCUUUAUUUAUUGCUGGAAGAUCAGAGAAGUGAAAUUAGCCGUGAAAACAACAUUAAGGCCACUCGUCCAUCGAUGGAGCGGUUAGUUUACUAUGGUCUACUCUGCUUUUUAGCUAUAAAUUCAUUCCAAACCAAAACUUGCUUUACGAAAAAAUCCUCCCCGAAAAGAAACGAACGGUUACAUUGCGAUACACAAAGCCCACAUACUCCAGUAAAAUGGGGAAAGCCGCGAGCAGAAUUUAUUUCACUGGAGAAUUUCAGUUUUCCAUUCAGGCUAGCGGUAUAUCACGUGACUCGGUUACUGGCUUAAUUUACACUGAUUAAAUGUGUUACAGAAAACACCCGCGUAUAAGAACCUAGUGGUUUAAAAACCUGCUGGCAGAAAUUGUCCACUUUAAUUUACUCAAACAUAAAAGAACCUGUUUCGCCAAGCAAGAUCAAACAGGUUCUUAUAUGUGGGUUAAAGUUCAGUCAUUGCUUUCGAGGUACGACAACGCAACCCCUAAUUUCUGUUGGGUGUCCUGUGCAAUUAAUAAGCGAGGUUUUUUCGAGAUUGCAUUUGUGUCGACACACAUUUGCCUCGCUUUGAGGCGCUUGCUUACGUUUUGCCUCUCUUUGACACGCUAACUCACGUGGUGAUUCGUGUGUCCUCGGCGUUCAUCUUUCAAACGUUUGCUGAGGUCUGCUUUUCUGUCUUCGUAAAGCGUUCAUCUUUUAAAAGAGUGCUGAAUCUUGGUAAAGCUUACAUAUUUAAGAGUUUGCUGAAGGUCUACUAUCGAUCUGUGUUUAAUGAAUGUUCAAAAGCGUUCAUCUUUCAAAAGUUUGCUGAAAGUUAACACCCAGGGUGAAAUUUUCCUUUGAUUAAGCCUUCAUAUUUUUCUUUGGAAAAUGCGUGCGACUCCUGAUCGGGUUGUUUAGCUCGGCGUUCGUUGUGCCACGAAGUAAAUUUACCGGCGAGUUGUGAAGCUCGGCGUCCGUCGUGCCACAAAGUAAAUCUACUGAGUUGGGUAGCUAGGCGCCCGUAGUGCCACAGAGUAAAUCUACCGAGUUGUGGAGCUCAACGGCCGUUAUUCCAGAAAGUAAAUCUACCGAGUUGUGUAGCUCGGCGGCCGUUAUUCCACAAAGUAUUACCGAGAUGUGAAGCUCAGCGGCGCCUUUUCACCACUGGACUCAAUUCUAUUAUAUAUAUAUUUACAUUUUAUUACCUUGUUUUUGCAUUAUAUUUCGUCGUUUUUGCUCUUUUAGCUGUGUCUAAUAAAACUGCAUCGCUCUCAGCCAAUCCUCAGAUUUAAGAAUUUUUUUCAUGUUUAUUAUUAUGAUGAAAAACGGGUUACAUUCAAAUAAUUCCCUAAGUUCUGAAACAGUUUCAGUUUCAGUUUUUUUAUUUUAAUUUUUUUUUCUGCCAGAAAAGAACUUCUUGAUACAUAUGUAUACAGACAUUCAAUAUAUUACAAAAAUGUUAUUUAAAGAUUAAAGAGACAUAAAUUGAAAGGAAAAGAAUUAAACAAAAUUUUUCUGGCGAGGAAGCUCAAAUGGAAACCUUGGGGCUUAUUAUAUGAGUUCCCUCCCUAAACUAAGACUAAACAGAAUGAAUAAAUAAACGGCAAAGUUAUACUGAAAUAUAAUUAGGAUAAAAAGCAAGCAAAACAAAACGGACAAAACAGACAAAUAGCAGCAAAAAACAACUAUUAUUUACAAAUGGUUAAUCAACUAAGAAGAAAUGUUUUUAAUUUGGAUUUAAAAAGAGAGAUAGUAGCAGCAAAAAACGAACGUAAAGCAUUUUUUUCUCUUUAAUUCUCAUCUCGUAAGUAUGGUACAAACUGACCCAGACAUAAAGUAACCCAUUUUUUGAACAUGUAUAUACUUCUUGGUUGCGAUCAGACGAUUAAUAGUACAUUAAUAAUUUACUGACUCUAUAUGAUCGCGUCAGUUAAACCUCUGGCAAUUGAUUAAACUUGGCCUUUUUUAAACAAUUUGAAUCUUUGUUCUACAGAUGUAUCGAUCAAGAAUCGGUAAAUAAACUUUAUAUCACUGAUUUCUUAUUUUUAUAAGAUAAUGGAUACAUUUGUACAUAUUGUAUAUAGUUCUCCCGAAUUUCUUAUUUGCUUAUAAUGUACAUAGUUUUUCUUAAUUUCUUAAUUCUUAUAUUCUGGUUUUUUUUUUUUUUUUUUCAUUUUGAAUUAAUUAAUUUAUUUAUGUAUUUAUUCUUUUUUAACUUAUUUUAGUGUCCCCACUUAGUGGUUAUACACCGCUAUUACAGUUUUGACAUUUUAACAAAGGCCUCAUCAUCAUCAUCAUCAUGACAGUUUAGCUCGUUUUCUAAAACCCCCAGACAAUUGGGCUAUUUGUUUUGCCAACUGCAGGGCAGCAGCAAGAUUGCCAAUAACUCCAUCGUUUAAUAAAAUGAAAAUACAGCCCACGGCAUAUCUAAUUGGUUUUCGACAUGAUGAAGCUAUCACAUAAGGAAAACAGAUAUAUUUAAAAAAGGUGAGCUAUGAACGUAGUUGCUUCGGAAAAAAGUGACAAACUAGAAACAUUUAAAAGCCCCCAACACAGAAGUGAGACAAGCUGUAAAAGAAACAUUACAACAAAUACACUUCUGUAUCAACUGUGACUUAGACUAGGACUUAAUUAUGGCAUUAAGACUAGCAGUUGUAAACCGCCGACCGAACUUGACAGGAAACUAUAAAAUAUAGUAGCCUAAAUAGCAGCUGUUUAUCAAACAAGAACCACUAUGCUAUAAUUAAGACAAACGUCAUAAGUUCUGGUUGGUAAAAACUAAUCAGGGCGCAAAGAAAGUACUUUUCCAAAAUAUUGCUUUUUCAAAAUUCAACAAUGUUUAUUGUGAGAUCAGUUUAACUUCUGGCAAUUGACGAAAAUCGAUAAUCGAUACAUUUGUACAUAUUGUGUAUAGUUCUCCCGAAUUUCUUAUAUGCUUAUACUGUACAUAGUUUUUCUUAAUUUCUUAAUUCUUAUAUUCUGUUUUUUUAUUUUUAUUUUUAAUUAAUUAAUUAAUUGAUUGAUUUAUUCGUUUUAACUUAUUUUAUUGUCCCCACUUAGUGGUUAUACAUCGCUAUUACAGUUUUGACACUUUAAUAAAGGUAUCAUCAUCAUCAUCAUCAUGACAGUUUAGCUCGUUUUCUAAUACCCCGAGACAAUUGGGCUAUUUGUUUUGCCCACUGCAGGGCAGCAACAAGAUUGCCAAUAACUCCAUCGUUUAUUAAGCUAUCACAUAAGGAAAACAGAUAUAUUAAAAAAAGGUUCGCUUGAACGUAGUUGCUUCGGAGAAAAGUCAUGGUAAUGACAAACUACCAAACAAUUAGAGAACUGUAUUGCUCUGCAAAAUUCACUGGAGAGUCGAGGGGAGGUACAUGACGAGCUAAUUUUUCUCUAAGACAAAAGAGGAUAGCUAAAUAUGAUGGUGAAUGAUGGUGCAAGUUCCAUGUUAAUACUUUGGGUUCACUAUACUCAAUCGAAAUGAACGUCACCAUGGCGUUUUUAAUUUUAAAUAUUUUACCUUUCAUACAACACAUCCGAAUUGGACGCGCAGGAAGACGAUGUGAACGGGGGAAAUAAAUUUAAAAAGCAAUUUAAAUGAAGAUAUAAUCUUGACGUAGUGAAAUAGCAAUUUAAGCAAUUGCAAAUAAACCGCCCAAAAUGUUAAAGUUAUAGCCCACAAAGUUUGACAUGUUUGGGGAUAUACUCGGUUAAGACUUCCUCUUCUAAAGAAAAUGUGGCCAAUUUAGUGCUGGUAUCCAUGUGAACGUCAGUUAGAGUUGAAGAAAAACGGCACAAGCAAUUUGAAGCUACAAAAUACAGAAACUCUUUAAUAUAAGCCCCACCAGUAACAGGCUCGUCAGUAUAAGCUCCCCUCUAACUUGCAUUAAAAUGAAAAUGAUUUAUUAUGAUAUUUUCAAGCUUUUACCAGUAACUGCAAAACACAUUUAAAUCAGCACUGCGUUAGCUUGUUUCGAAGAGCUUUUUCCAAUUCCGUUAUAAUCCCCCUCGGAUAUAAGCCCCUCCGUUUAAUUUAUCAAGACCCCUUCUAAAAACCCUUAAAAACAUGUAUAAUCCCAGGGCUUUUAAGCGGCAGUUUACGGCACCGCAUAUCAUAUGUUCGGCUCACAAACUUAACACCUUCGUUAGCAAAAUUUUCUCGUUCUUGCUCUCACUAUGUUUACUAAAACUGCUGAUUGCUGUCAGCUAGUCGUCGAAUCAAUUUUUUUUUGCAUGAUUUUUAUGUGAUAAAAACAGGUUACAUUCUAAUUUCCUAAGCUCGAACGAACGUUUUAUUUUCUUUAAUUCAAACCUCAUAGAUGGCCCAGACUUUCGAGCCCAUUAGAUGAAAACUUUUACAUUGUUGCUGAGACCUCACUGCCUGCGAUGACAUUAUGAGCUUGUCAGUUUAACUUCUAGCAAUUGACGAAAACCGUUUUUUAUUCAAUUUGAAUAUAUCAUACAGAAAUAUCGAUCAAGACUUGGUAAUAGACUUUUUAUUACAAACAGUUUAACUCGCUUUCUAAGAGCCAGGCAAUUGUGCUAUUUGCUCGCUAAUCGCACCGCAACACAGAGGCAACACCAAGAUCGUCGAAUUCCAUCGUUUAAUGAACUGAAAAUGCGGAGCAAAUAUUUAAUUGUAUGCUGAGAAGGUGUAUGUAGCAGUCAUAUAAGGAGGACAGAUAUAUUAAAAAAGAGUUCAGUUGACUGUAGCCGCAUCGCAGAAAAGUCAUGGAAAUGAAAAAUUUUACUGGAGGUGAAAACCAGCAAACAAUUGCAGAACUUUACUGCUCUGUGGAAUUUACUGGAGAGGUACAUGGCGAGCUCGUUUUUCUCUCUGUCAUUAACACUUUUUUGUCAAUUACAGCAUUUUUGGGGAAUACUCUGAUCCUAGUUGCCCUUCGCAAGGACACAUCAAUUCAUCCGUCAUCCAGACUCCUGUAUCGUAACCUAGCGAUAACCGAUCUUUGCGUUGGUAUCAUUGUCGAGCCUCUAACCGUUGCAUAUUCGAUAUCUGUGGUGAACAGAAGAUGGGAUAUUUGCUAUUACACAUAUUUGACAGAACAUUUCUCAAGUGUUACUUUGUGUUCAGUGUCGUUGAUAACACUGACUGCAAUAAGUGUGGACAGACUUCUCGCUUUGCUACUGGGUCUCAGAUACAGACAAGUUGUGACUUUGAAGAGAACACGUUUAAUUGCUAUUGGUGGUUGGAUUGUGUCUAUUGGCAGUGCAUCUACCUCUUUUCUGAAUCGUCUUAUAGAAUCAUUGUUCAUAUAUAUAGGUGCAGCUUUUUGUUUACUCACUACAAUCUGUGCCUACACAAAAAUUUUCAUGUCUCUGCGUCAUAACCAAAUUCAUGGUCAGAACCAUGUUGUUCAAGGACAAUCGAGCCAAGUAAAUACACUGAAUAUAGCUCGAUACAGAAAGGCAGUGUACAGUGCACUGUGGAUGCAGGUAACAUUGGUUAUUUGUUAUCUACCGUACGUUUUAGCUGUAGCUUUAACACCUCAAAGGGGAAGAAUGCCUUUAUCUACUUACCUGGCAAGGCAAUUUACAGCUACUUUAGUGUUUUUAAACUCGUCGUUAAACCCCUUGCUGUACUGCUGGAAGAACAGAGAAGUGAGACAGGCUGUAAAAGAAACAUUACAACUACACUGCUGUAUCAACUAA